AUGUUGUCCCUCUUUUUCUUUACACCCGCUCUAGCGGCACCCGCGUUCAAUAACUCGUCGGCUUGGGUUUGUGGCGCUGGUUCCUCGAUCGGUACAUACACCAUCCGUGCGAAUGACACCAUUUGGUCCGUCGCUACCACUCUCAAUCGUGGGGUCUGUCCACUGGCGAGGUACAAUCACUUAUCUGACCCCGAGCUUCUUUAUCCCGGCGAGGUUCUCUACAUCCCCCCUGAAGCCUGCAACACCGACCCUACCGACACCUCCUGUCUCCUCAGUCUCGAUAAUUCGACCACCAAAGAUUGCAUCUUUGGUGGUCCCCAUACAUACCGCACCUUUGAAGGGGACACCCUGCGCAAAAUCGCUCUGGGCAAGUUCAAUAUUACGCUGGAGGCUCUGGAAAGCUCUGGUGGUCGCAUGGCCGGUGUCUCGUCACCCGACGACACCAUUGAACCGAGCACAUUCAUCAAGCUCCCGCAAUGUAAUCCUAGCUCAUGUGGAAUCAGACCCCUGGAAUACGUCUGGGGUACGUACAAGGAUCUAGCGGAAGAGUACGGAACAACGCCGGGGCAGAUCUUUGCUUUGAAUCCGACUUUCAAUCAUAGUUCUACGGGACCGGGGAUUGGGGGAUGGAUUACGUUGCCAGUCAAUUGCGGACUAGAUGGGGAGGCGUAUACCAUUGUUUCCUAA